ACGCUGGCGCCGAUCGGGAAAUUCAGUCAGUUAUUCGCGGUACGUUGCUUGUAAUGGUGGCCAUCCGCCGUCUGUUUGUCCAUUCGUCCUCGUCGUCACUGUCGUCCUCGUCGUCGUCGUCAUCAUCGUCAUCGUCAGCAGCAUCAUCGUCCUCUCGCUGUGGUUGUUGUUAGAGCACGUUGACGCUGAAAGGCGCCAGCCUCACUUGUGUGGCAUUUGUUGAGCAGUUCGUAAUACAACGCAGUGAUCGGGCCGGAUGUGAUAACGAGAAGAAGAAAAAAAAACAACAAGUGAAUUCACGUUGAUGAAGUGUGUAUGUGGGUGUGUAGGUGUACUGUAACGAUACCUAUUUGAAAACGUCUGUACUUGUGAAGAGUGAAGUGAUAGCAGUGACACAACAAAGCAGAUUGUUUGCCGUCCGGUCGUGAAAACCCGGGAUAACAACAUUGUUGAUCCCGCCGUGGUGCUUGAGCAGUUUGGCAUAGAAAUGCGCCAUCGUUGACCAACCAACAUCAUCCGUUACCGGAAGCAAAAGCGUGGGCAAGUGUGGCGUGUGUGGAAACGGUUUAAAAUAUACAAAAAAGUAUAACAGCAUCUACGGAAAAAAUAGCUCCAAGAGUCAUCGCCAUGAGAUCGCUGAUCGAAGCGAUGAUGAUUACAGUGGAUUACGCUACUAUUACGCUCGCAACGCAAGAACCGCUUUUCGCGACCGUCCCAAACUUGAACCGUGAUGACUCCGCGCAUAUAUUUUUAAUGUAAUCUAAAAUUGGUUCGUUUUCUUUCGCACGUUCGUUUGAAGCGCUUAACAAAAUACCAAAAAGCAAAAUACCCCAAAGGUACGAAAAAUUGUCAUCUGUUUUCCUACCAGCCUUCACGUUGGCAGCAUACUAAUUGAGUUUUGUCAUCGAACCGUCCGUUUGUGUCCUCACGUUCAGGGACUUCAUAGACACGGUGGAAACAUAGCGCCGCUGGUUGUGAGUGUGCGUUUGUAUGGUUCGAUAAUUAACUGCUCAUUCGCCGCAUUUUGCCAAGGCUACUGCUGGAGAUGCAACAACGUCUCGCCGGUACACAGCAACAACCGUCACACCGACGGACAUCCGGAGCACGGAGCGUCGUACGAGUCUAAAAAAGGACAUGAUUCGAUCGCACUCGGCACUCGGACGGUGAAACAUCAACCCAGCACGACACGGUGUGGACAAAUGUUUUCGUCUGUUGUGCGCUCGUGUUUGCACCUCAUUUCGUCGGCCACGCUUUCGUUCGGUCGGAUGUCCUACUAGCGCGCCUCGAAAGCCGCGCGACGCUCAAAACAGCACAGAAGGUGUCGAUCACUAUCGGAGAAUCUGUCGGCGGAAGGUGGUUCACCCGUUCAGGAUAACAAGCGACUGUCAGCGGGAUAGUGCACACGCAAAAGCUCCCAUCUGCCGCGUGUCACAGACUACCCUAAGAGUUGGUGGUAAUAUUCCGGCUCAACACAAUCACGUCAGUACCUCUGGGGAAAGAGAGAUAGAGUGAGAGUGUGAAAGAGAGUUGUUCCAACAUUAUUUGUUCGUAAAGUUUGUCAAUGUCUUGACGGAAAUCCUAAACUUUACCGUACUCUGUACCACGUACUCUCGCUCACGGCACUAGCACCACGUGCGCGCUUGUCUCAUUUCGAUAGCGUGGAAAAGCGACCAACGCUGUAGGUUGUUGGUAUUAAUAUAUUCCAAAUUCCAGCUGCCGAGCUGUGGACAUCGCGUCGGUACAGGCGUACAGGUUUUUGUUCCCAGUGUCUAUCGACCGCAGUGCACCUAUAGCUGCCUGCAAUCGGUUUUCCACCAUCGUUCAGGAAGCGGCUUGCACCGAGAUAAGCACAAGCAGGCUGUGAAAUUUGUGCUAGCGGAAAAGCGGGGGCUGUGUGUGAUAGAAUCUUUCGCUUUGGGGGGAAAAUCCAGCAGAGCGUAGUGAAUUUCCUAGCGCUUGUGUGCGCGCGCGAGUGAAAGAUUUGUUUGCUCCGUCGAGGUGCGAAGCGUGCAGUGCAGAACGCAGUUUGCUUUUGGCUCGAGUGAAACAUGCGGGUGUAAAAGCAGUGCAAUAAAGAAAAGCCAUCUUAUUCUUCUAGCGCUCAACAAAGCCAUCAAAGGCAGCACGGUUUGCAUUGAAAGGUGUUUAAAGUGUCGCUUAAUCCGCCGUGCUUAGAUUCCGCCCACGGUGCGGUUUGAUUGUGAGCCAAGCUUUAGUGUGUUUCGCGUCAGUGGUUGAGUUUUGGUUUGUUUUUUUUUUUGUUAUUGUUGUUGAUUCUACUGACUCUUGUGUAGUAAAAAAAAAGAAAGGCCAGUGAAGAUGCAGCAUCAUCCAGGAUCGUGGUACAUACCGUGGGGUGUCCCGGGAAUGGGGCUGCAAAAAAUGUUGGCCGUGCCGUUCAAUCCGGCCACGGCCGGUUUCCAUCAGCCACAGAUAGCGGCCGCAGCCGUGCAGCCACCGACCGUACAGUCGGUGCAGAGUCCGCAGGUGCAGCAGGCCGCCGCCACUCAGCAGGCCGCCUAUCAGCAUCCGCUGCACCAUCCGGCCGCAGCACUGCACAAUACGGCCGCCGUAGCCGCUGCAGCUGCAAUGCACCAGCACCAACACCAGCAUCAACAUCAGCAUCAGCAUCAGCAUCAACAUCAGCAUCCGCACCAGCACCAGCACCAGCACCAACCGCUGCAUCCGGCGGCUGCUGCGGCCAUGUUCACGCCGCUGACGCUGCGGAGCUUCGUCACGCAUCCGCAUCUGAAUCUGGGCCAGCAACCGAUGGCUACCGCCCAGCAGCCCCAGCAGCCGCAGCUCGCAGCGAGCCAAACGCAGUCGCAGCUAACCACCAUCAAUCUGAACAGCGUCGGUGUCGUUCCAGUGCGCCAGAAGACGAGCGUCCCGGUCAGCGUCCCGUCGAACACGCUCAUCAUGCCGAUGCGAAAGAUUAUCAUGACGGAAAAGGAAAAAACGAAACUGGUUUCAACCGAGAAGCGAAAAGCGGACGAAAGCGAACCGGUCAAGGAUUUGAAAAAGGCUAAGCUGGAAACCAAAGCACUGAAAGCAAAACGGCCCGGUUUCACCGACGAACGGUACCAUGAAACAUCGUACUAUAUUGAAAAUGGCCUACGGAAAGUGUAUCCCUACUAUUUCACUUUCACUACGUUCACAAAGGGACGCUGGGUAGGCGAGAAAAUUCUGGACGUGUUUGCUAGAGAAUUUCGAGCCCAUCCAGCCGAGGAGUACGAGCGAUGCAUUAAGGCAGGUACUCUAACCGUGAACUACGAAAAAGUGCCAACUGACUAUAGGUUAAAGCAUAACGAUCUCCUUGCGAACAUCGUCCACAGACACGAGACACCCGUUCUAGAUCAUUCAAUAAAAAUAAUCUAUGUCGAUAAUGAUCUCGUAGUGCUGGACAAACCUUGUUCGCUGCCGGUUCAUCCCUGUGGCCGUUACCGUCACAAUACGGUCGUGUUCAUCCUUGCGAAGGAGUAUAAUCUGAAAAAUCUCCGCACCAUCCAUCGGUUGGAUCGGCUCACGUCCGGACUGCUGCUGUUCGGCCGCAGCCCCAAGAAGGCCCGCCAGAUGGAGCACCAGAUACGGAAUCGGCAGGUGCAGAAAGAGUACAUCUGCCGGGUGGAGGGUGAAUUUCCAGACGGCAUCAUCGAGUGCAAGGAGCCAAUCGAAGUAGUCAGCUACAAGAUCGGCGUGUGCAAGGUUUCUCCCAAGGGAAAGGAAUGUACGACCACAUUCCAGAAGCUCGGUUUCAAUGGGAACAGCAGUGUGGUCCUGUGCAAACCGCUCACAGGCCGUAUGCACCAGAUUAGGGUGCAUCUGCAAUAUCUUGGCUAUCCGGUAGUGAACGAUCCACUCUACAACCACGACGUGUUCGGACCGGCCAAGGGUCGCGGUGGCGAUAUCGGUGGCAAAAGUGACGAGCAGCUGGUGAAGGAUCUGAUCAAUAUUCACAAUGCAGAAAAUUGGCUCGGCAUCGACGGUGACUCGGAACUGUCAAUGUUUAAACCGAUGAAAAACGAUCUGGACGAUGUGAAAGGACAAAUUCUGUCGGACGAUGACUCGGAAAGCGUAUCCCGCGAGGCGUCACCCUGCUCGGAAAGCCCACGGCCGGUGUCGCUGGGCAGCGAAAGCCCCCAUGAGAAUAUGUGCGCCUCAAUGCUGGUCCCGAAUACGCUGAACGCAGUUAGCAGUACUGGAAUCAGCACGACCGUUAGCACUGGCAGCGGCAACAGUGCCGCCAGCGCGGUCACCACCAACACCAUCCUCUGCAGCCGGAUGCAGUCCCAGAAGCAAAAGCCUAAACCAUCUUGGGAAUGCACCAAGCGUGCCACUGCCACUCCGUCUCCUACCUCGGCAGUCGCACCCACCGCACAGGUUGAUGAAGAUCCGGCAGGAGCGGCAGGAGCAUUCGAAGAGUGCAACAAAUUGGUGGCAGCACCAACCAGUGCUACUGCAGCCACUACGACCAGUGCCGUUGUUGCUGCUGUUACUGCUGCUGUUGCUGUGUCUGCUACCGCUACCACUGGUACUGCUGUAGCCGCCGAUGUUGCCGGUGUUAAUGUUACCGUGGCCACCCAAACAGGACACGAAUCGCCCGACUUAGCCUUUAAUCCAGAUAAAAUGACAACCGACAAGCACUGCUACGAAUGCAAAGUGCGCUACCGAGAUCCGAAACCGCAGGAUCUGGUCAUGUAUCUGCACGCCUGGAAGUACAAGGGCCCUGGCUGGGAGUAUGAAACUGAGCUGCCAGAAUGGGCCAGAGUGGACUGGCACGACAAUGAGUUUGAGUAGGAACUGCAGCACAAACUAGCGAUGCUUCGACUGCAAACACCCUGAUCAACUCAUCCCAGUGUCCUGCAGCUGGAUGAUAAUUGUGACCAGGCGAAGAAGAAGCAGAAACUGUGACCAAAACACAAUUGUCAUCUCGACACAAUUGUGUUCUACGUAAACUAAGUCAUACGACUUAUGAUCAUAAAUCACACUUCAACAACAACUGCAACAACAACCAACAAACAAAAAGACAUAACCGAAAGGAUCAAAAUGCACCCCACGGUAGUGCAGCGCGUGGAAGACUUAACCGUAAGACGCUUCAAAUAGUAGGAAUAUUUUUGUUAAGAACGUUUGUAGCGGACGAAAACUGAAGCAGAAACAUCAAACUCCAAUGGUAUCAAUAGUAAACAAAAUAUGGAAAAAUAACAAUGUAGCCACACGUAGGCGGCUACCAGAGCGGUGGGGUGUCUUAUCCAACAUCAUAAAUCACAGUACGCUAGCAGGACAUUGCGUGAAUCCAUAUUUACGUGCAUAUUAUUAACGUUCAAUGAAGCUGCAGCGUUACGGUGUCACAAUGUGGGCUCUCUCGCUAAACAACGCUGGCUGCACGCUGCGAAACGUGCGAAAGGAGAGAGGACCCUCUAAUGAAAUACUAACCCAUGGUGGUAUGUAAUUGAAAAUGUUUUUUUUUUUUCUACACAGCAUAAUAUUUCACACCGAUCGUAGCAAUAGUGUGUAAGCUUUCAGACGGGCCGAAGGGCUGAGCAAUGGGAAGCUCCAAUGUGUCCCGUAAACGUGAAAAAAAAAACAGUCGUAAUGAUCUUCCGUCGCUGCGGAUUAUAGCACAGCAGUUAACGUUACAUUUUAUAAUAAUUGUAUCGCAGCAAAAGCAUUGAUUUAUAUCUACCGUGAAAUGGUUAGAGGAGAUACUGCGAGGCGCAACUAGGAGACCGUGAAUAUGUUACGCUAAGACAUGUGUCACAAAUGUGCACUUUAAUACGAUACAUAGGUGUGUGUGUGUGUUUUGGUUGACAUAAACCAUUCUGUUUCAUGUUGUUUAAAAAUAUUUUUUAAAAUGUCAUCCCUUUGCUCCUUCUUUCUCCGUGUUGUUUACGAUGUUUCUCUUUUUUCUAUCAUUAAUAUUUCUCCUUUUGUAAAUGUUAACUGUUCCUUUCUUAUUAACUAAAUGUUUCAUGCAUUUAUUACCACUGUUUCUUUUCCUUCAAUGUAUUGUCUUCGUUUUAUUCAAGUUCUUCAUAUAUUCAAGACAGUAUAUAGGUGGUGAAAUACGACAGGUUAAAAAGAAAAGGAACUAGAUUGCAGUUAGCAAUUAGACAAUACAGCGAAACAUUUAGUUUGUGAUGCGACUAAAUGUAUGGUGAUGUCGCAACAAAUGAAAAAUAACAACAAGAAAAAUGCAUAAAAAAUACAAUACCAAACAUUUUACAUAGUUUUCAAUUUGUUACGUUUAAGAAAAUGAAAGUGAAAACAAACAAAAAACAAUACAGCUUUGCUACGUAGAAACUGUCCUAUAAGCGAACGAAGACGUUAAAAACUACGAAAAUCCUUAGAAUUGAAGUUACAUACUGCAAACAAAGAAGAAGAAAAAAGACCACAAUGGACAGUCGUGUUUAGCUUUAAGCAUACAAAAACAAAAACAAACAAACGUUAUCGUAAAGUAAAACUUGUUAUACAUGAAAAGACGAACAACAAUGGAAAUUGCCACUAUCUCUUACUCGCAAACAAAAUGCGCAUAUAUAUCUUUAGUUUCGUAAAAUUAGUUUUAUGUUUUAACUGUGUUGCAAAGCUUUUUUAGAACAGUGUACGACGAAACGCGACAAAAAGCACACUUUAUCACACCAUCAAAUAACCAAUCAUUUGCGGUUGGUAGAAAACAUUCAGCGAGAACAGAGGAUAAAACAACCGAACUCCUCCCCAAUGCUAAGCAAACUACUCCUUUUCGGCAGUGGUGGUGUUAGGUUAGGUAGAUGUAUCUAUAAUUUGAUUGCUUUUAUUUGUCUUGUGAAACGGUCGGACUGUCGGUUUGGACACACACGGUUGCCAAAGAGUAGCGUCGGGGUGAAAAAAGUAACUUUCAAACUCCCCUCAUCACCCUUCCCCACUUACCAUUAUUGCCCGACGCUGGUGGAAACAACUGCAACAAAACCGCACGCAGCCCGAAUCGUCAUUCAAUCAACGACAACCGCCCUCCCAGGUAUGGUUGAUUUUGGCGUUUUCGCAUUUUCCUGCCAUGGUUUUUGGAUUUCGUUUCGAUUCAUCCGGUUGGCGGCAGCAACCGGCAGCUCAUACAGCAGCAUGUUUGUAGUUUUUUUUUCUCCCACCGUAAGUAAUUGGUGGUCUGGAAUGGAACCGGUCGGAAUUUACAGCAAACUCAAAACGUAAAUAAAACACCGCCACAUACCAACGCGUUCUGCUACGUGCGGUGGGGGGAGGAGAGGUUGUUGAUUUUGCUGCAUAGGGGACAAUUUUGGGUGUUCCUGAUUGGAAUGAAUUCGACGCAUUCAAACAUCAACGGGCAGAACAGGGUGUGGGAUGCUAAGAAUUGGUGGAAGUUAUUUUUUGCUGCUCGGUUGAGAGUGGUGUGAAGGUAGGCAGAAGGGACCAACACACCUGUACGAACAGGGAAGUUAACGCUGUGUAAUUCGAGAGUUUUGCGUGCAAAGUUUUAGCAACAAGACGCUUUUGUGGAAAAUUAACUUUUCCACCUUUUUUGUGUGAAACGGAGCGUUUGCCACUGGGAGGCGGCACUGGGUGAAGGAAGUGCCACAAAACUCUUCGACAGUACAUACACACACACACACGUGAUUGCUAUGAAUGGGGACAGCAUUGUUGUGGAUGAGUUUGUGAAUUGUUGGCUUCCACAGCGUGCCGAAGCCCGCCAGAAGUCGUGGGUUUGGAAUCGUUUAGUGAGCAAAAGUUGAAAGCUAAAAAUCAAAUGUAGCAUAAGUACAUAAGAACGCGUGGUAGUAGCAGCAGGUUUCAAGGGCAAUUGUCAUCCUGAGCCUGAGGGGAAAGGAUAAGGACACUUGAGACUCCAUAAAAGACAUAACCGGGUGAAGCUGUGAGAUGGUAGCAGAAGGAAUUGUAAAGUCGGUAUUUAAUCUAAGAGAGAAAGGGAAAUAAAUCCACACCACAGUGUAGCAAACAGGCUAGCCAGGAACCAAAUGGCAAUCCAUGAACAUUGAACGAAUUGGCAGCCUUCCCUUAGCUAAAGAGAACAAGAGAGAGAGAAAGUGGAAGGAAGUGAGCAAAACUAUCCAUCAUCCUUGGCAGUCGGUGUAAGUAGUCAGGCCGGGGCUCAUGCCAGGAACUUCCAGAGGGAAGAUAGUUUGCAUGCAAAGGAAAUGAAAAUUCCUGUCUGCCUUUUUUUCGCACUUUUACAAAAGUUGGCUUCCUGUACCUGUAAAAAGUGGCACACGUUCAUCGUUUUGAUUGCCAGAAAAGGUUUGCUGCAGAACAAUGGGAGUAAAGGAACAAAAAGGCAAGCCCCCGGGGGCUUCUGUGCAACAUUUACUUUUACCAAAACCUUAGGGAAGUUAUUUGAAAAUCAUGAUUUGAUAGCGGAAACCAUCGACGAUAAUGAUAUUUGUUCGCAUUCUCCAUGUAAUUUCAACGCUACUGCUGAAGAGAAGGAAAAAAACACAUCCAAACUGCGCUUUGCCGUAGGAACGGAUUUUUUAAACCAAUUUGUGCUGCGCAUUUUCAUUUUCUACCUUUGCUUUUGUGUAAAUACACCCAGCUGCCAUUAUAUAUCCUGGAAAGCUCGCUUAACCCGUUACUACGCGUUACUACGUUCACGUUACGAUAACGAAGAAAGUUACGUAGGUUGGAUCGAAUGGUUCUACCCGUACGUUUCUUCGUUCGUAUUUCGACAGGGGGACAAGGGUGGGAUAAUGUAAACGACAAAAGACACAUUUUCUAAUCAUUCAAUUAAUAUUUCCUUCUUCGUGUUACCUGUUAGUGUUUUCUUUGUUGGUAUUGUUUUCUUCUAAAGAAAUUAAAAAAAACAGCAACCAGCAAACGAAUCGUUUGUUCUUUUCUUUGUUUGCUCGUUUAUGUAAGACUUUUCUAUCAUCUAUUAAGCAUUUGUUUUGGAUUCUUCUAGAUUAGUGUUGUGUAGUGUAUGUUAAUUGCGUUUGCAUUGCGCUGCUUUUUAUGUUCAGUGUUUAUGUUGUGUUGUGCAAAAGGUUCCAGUAUAGGUGUCCGUAUAUAUUCGUCCUUUCUAAGGGUGAAACAAUAUUGUAGAAGAAUAUUUUAAUUACCUUCUCAUUGGUAGUCUAUUACUUUUACCACUUAUGUUUUAUUUAAUGCGUUCAAUAAACAUCGGUGUUUUUAAGCAUACAGUGGCGAGUUUAGGGGGAUCCCCUGGCGAUCACCCAGGUCCGUCUACCGUUAAACCCGCCACUGCUUACAUAUACUGUUUCGUUUGUAAUGUGGCAUUAUUAGUUCAGCUAGAAGCGUAAAACACAGUACAGAAAAUAGAAGGCAAACGAUCAUUUAUUUUAUGUAUACAACUAUUUAAAUAUUUGACAGGUUAUUUAAGCUACUCCAGUGGUCACAUAAGUUUAGCUCUUGCUCUUUAUCCAUCAUUCAUUUUAAAUGCUAUUUGUAAGUGUUUGAUUUGUAACAUUUGUUCUUCGGUCUGAUUUAUACAUCAUACAAUGCACUUUUAUUCUGUUUUUUUUUUGUCCCUAUCUAUUUGUUUUUCCGUGCCACCACUACCCCGUAUAGUUUUAAUUUCGUACUGCUACUACUUGCUACACUUUUAAUUUAAAGCGUUUAAUUCGUGUUUUAAAACCAUUGUAAUUUUGUUGCCCAUCGAUAUCAAAUGAAUAAAUAUGUGAGAGACAGAGAAAAAAAAAAACAUAUAAAGACAA